GAAAGAAGAAGAUGAAGUUGUUUGUUUUUAGCUUAGUUAGCUUGUUAGCUUCUCCUGCAGACUGUCAAACAUGGGUCGGAGAUGCGGUUAUCCGCAGUGCAAAAGCCCGGAGGGACCGCACUUUUUACCGUCUAGCAGAGAGAUGUCACCCCGCUGGCUGCGUGUUUCGGGGCGGCUGGACAUCCCGUCUGCUCUCGUCUGUAACUCCACUUUUCGCGAGACUGCUUCUCCAACUUUGCAGACAGGAUUCAAUAAGCAGCUUUCUCCUGAACCCUGAUGUGGUGACACAGUUGUGUAAACCCAGGAAGCCGUCCAUGAAUACAAGACAUACACUUUAACUGUCUCUUUUGGUAACUUUAGCGUCUAUGUCUGGGUAAUAGCGGAGGGUCCAGUUUCAGGACCGCAGUUCCAGGCGCCGAGUCUUGCGGGACACUGCCACCUACCGAGCAGGAUAACCCACCGAGCACCGUAUUUCUACACGGACAAGAUGGAUGAUCAGAAAACAAUGCAUAUAACGAUCCGGAAAGGGCGCUCCUUGCCCCAAUUGGAAAGAUGCGCCACAUGCUGCACGGACUUCCACUGCCCAUUCUGUAGCUCAGUGUUAUUCCACCCUACGAGGCUGUCCAAGGUCAGACUUCAUUUAGAGAACCACUUUAACCGUGCAGUUCUCCAUGAAGGGUACACCAUUCACAGAUGUGGAUUAGAUUGCCGAGCACGAAUGCAUUACAACUACAUCUACUGCCACUCAAUGCUGUCACGUAAACGGGACUUCAUGAAACACCUGUCAUUGUGCAAGGAGAAACACCCUGCCUUAACCUUCACCUUCCGAGCUCUGAAAACUUCCACCAUCCAAACUUCAACAACUUCUACCAGCCCAGCUCCGAAAAUUUGCACCAUCCCAACUUCAACAACUUCUACCAGCCCAGCUACAAGAACAUCCAUCACUGCAGCUCCAGCAUCUCCCAAAAUUAAAUCUGCAACAAUCCUCCAUGUACCAACCACCCCAAGUGGACAGACACAACGUUUCUGUGUGAUUCCGAUACAACAGAAAAACUGUUGCAUAUACAAGGUGGGUGGUGGAAGCAUUUAUCACGUCAUGCCUUCUGUACAACACGCAGCCUCCCAGACUGAUGCACCAGAAACAGCGUCAGUCGGCACGCAGCUGUCCAUGAAAACCACAGAAUCCCACAAAGUGCACAAUUCCCUCCGAAGCACAGCUACCCAGGCCAAAGUGCCCAGCAGAGACUGUGGUGUUUGUACCACCACCUUCCCGCUGGACAGCCCCGUACUGUUCCUACAACCAGCUCUCAUAAAGAGACCAUCCAAGAGACCUCGACUCAGCCUAACAGACGAGGAGGAAGGCCCUUCAGAAUGCAGCUUGUCUGGUGGUGUAUGAUUGAGAGGAUUCAACAUGACACACAGGACUGCCGUAGGUUAGCAGCUGUGUCUGGUCGUGGAAAUCAGGACUAUUGAGAAUGCUAAAAACAAGUGCCAAGAACAGUGAUACCCACCACAAGGGGGAUGUCCACCAAAUUAUUUCUAUUGUGUCAUGGUAUUUGUAUUCGAUUGACCCGUUACUUAUCUGACUUUCCAUGAUUGCAUUUAUCAUUGUUUUGUUUUACUCCAUCCGCUACACACAGCUGUGUAUGUCUUCAUAUUCCAGAAUAUCCAGAAAAUCCAAAAAGUCUGUUGAAUGUAUUUAACAAUAGAAAACUCAGUGUCUUUCUAAUUCUUCUGUCUGAUCAUUUCAAUAAAGAGGGGCUGUUUUGCUGGUUUGCUUGACAAAA